AAUGUGCGGUAGCGGUAGACACUCUUUUAUAUUAGAGUUCAAAAUAUACAGUGAAGUGCUCUAUUCAUUCUAAUCGAUAACUUCCAGUCAACAGUGACGUAACAAAUACUCUCAACAGGUGAAUCUAAUAAUGGUAUAAGAACUCUGAUUUAUCUAGUUUAGCAUCGUAGCUGCUUAGCAAAGUGAGAAUUGGUAUGGUGAUUAAUCUCGCCUCCGCCACUGGAUUGUAGAAGAGCAGUCGCACUUAAAAGGAAACUCCAACCUUCAUAGGCACCGGGGUACUUACACACAGGCGUACAAACAAACAUAUAAUCAGUAAAGUGGAAAGUCUAGAUAUAAUUAUUUUCCAACAGUACAAGAAAACGUGAAAUCUAACGGGUUAUCGUCACGCUGACUGGAGCCUACACACAGUUACCUUUGUAAAAACAAAAAUCUAACAUUAAUGUCAAACAGUUAUUAAAAAGUGUUCGUAGUCAAAAUUGAUCAUCGAAAGUAGUGUUUUCCCUUUGCUUUUAAAUAACGGUGUGGAAUAUUGUAGAAGUACUUUGUGUUUGAUAAAAGUGUUUGUUAAUUAAAUAGAAUGGAAUUUCACUAUAACAUCAAUGAGAUUUUUAAGUCUCCAAUAGUAGAGAUAAAUCACAGCCUCAUUCCACCUGGGUACACUGGAGAUAGGAGAGCAUUACGGGAUGUGGUUACUAAAGUAUCGGAAAUAGUAAAUGCAAUGGGAGAAGCUUCUGCUGCUGCUCAAGGAUUGACUAAACCUAUAACUACAGCUGACCGACUUAGAAAUUCUGAGCAUAAAUUAUACUUUUUAAUUGAUCCAAAUGCAAAUGGAUCUAAAGGAGCAGUAACAGGGAUGUUAAAAACUGGUAAUAAAAGUCUGUAUGUGUUUGAUAGAGAUGGGGUGCAUUAUCAAGUUUCUCCUCCAUGUUUGUUAGACUUUUAUGUGCAUGAAACAAAACAACGCAAUGGAUUAGGAAAGCAAUUGUUUGAAUACAUGUUAAGGAAAGAAAAUAUUGAGCCUGUACAAAUGGCAAUUGAUAGACCAAGCGAGAAAUUGUUAUCGUUUUUUAAUAAGCAUUACUCCUUGAAAGAACCAGUGAAGCAGAUGAACAAUUAUGUAGUUUAUGAUGGAUUUUUUCCUAGCAAAGAACCUGGCACUCAAGCGACAGAUGUAAAUGAAACAAGAAGCGUAGCAGAUGUAAAGAAGAAUUCCGCUAAUGGAUUACAGUAUUUCCAAUCUCCUAUGGGAAGGUAUGGAGCUCCUAGACCACCUUGCAGUAUGGGACAGAUAAUCCACAACCAAUCACCUACAAUCGAACAAAGACAAGAACCGACAGGUGUUCAGUCUAUGCCUGUUACCAAUUAUCAGAGUGAAAACUUUAGUCCUCAACCAGAUACCUGUGAGACCAAAAGUACCCCUAAUAUGUAUUAUGGAAAUUAUCCUGUGAAUCAAAGCCAAUUUCAGAUGAAUCAAAAUUGGCAACCAGAUCUAAAUGUUCAAUCUUACGCAGUUAAUACUAACAAUAAUAAUCAACCUUACGGUCACCCCACCCAAUUACAUAAUAUGAAUUAUCAAAACCAAAACUAUCCAGCGCCUAGUAAUAUACCAUAUCAACAAUCCACUUAUGUGCAGAAUCCUCAAGGCAACACAUUCAGUCAGCAUUCACAUUUUAUACCCGCACAACAGUCUCAAAUGAACACAAUGGGACAAAUUUCUCAUAUGAAUAUGCUCGGGCAACCAUCCCAAUUAAGUAUGACCGGACAACCAAUUUCAAAUCUAAAUGGAGAACAGUUAGUAAACAUGAAUGGAGUCCCAAUGUAUACAGGUACUCAACCAGUUCAAAUGACCAAUUACCAAUAUCAACAACCCAUUCCCGUAUCUGGAGACUUUAGAAAUGCACAAGUGUCUCAAGUCGCUCAACAACAUACAAUGCCCACUUCGUCCACUAUUAAAGUUUCAUCUUCAAAACAGAAGGUGAAAAAUGGUAUGGAUCUACCCGAACCCAAACCUGAGUCCAAAUCUAAACAGGCGAAACAACACCAAGAAACUGUUAGUAAUAUGCAUACAGGUCAUGUACAUGAUGCAACAUCAUAUAAUAUGACUCAACGUCAAGAACCGUUAAUGUCAUAUACUCAGAAUCCAAGGAUACCAGAACAAACAAUUCAACAUCAUCAAUUGUCUCCGAAUCAUCCUCACAUCACGCAAUCGGCUAUGUAUCCAGCUGUCUCAGGUCAAAAUCCUUCAAUACAAGGUUUCUCAAUACCCCAUGUCGCCCAUACAGUCCCCAAUCUGAACAUACAACAAUACAUCCCAGGAACUGUAACAUCAGCUCAAUAUUUAGGUCCGGUUAUGAACCAACCUAAUCUACCUGUACCCCAAGUACAAACCCCAGCUGCUUCUGUACAACAUAUAAUGCAAACUCAACCCCAAAUUAUACAAAAUAUUGAACCAAAGUUUGAAGAUCCUAACCACAUCAUGGGUGCUGGUGAACCUAAACCGAUGAUCAAUUUGCAACUGCAGCAACCUGUGGUAGAACCCCAAUAUCAGAUGUAUUAUCGACAAGCACCAGGAAUCGAGGCUGGAGAUUACAAACAACAGACACAAUCACAAAAGGCACCUUCGAAAGCUGUUGCACCACCUAGAUCUCAGAACGUUAAACCUGUUGCGUCGAAGACUGAACUUGUACCAAAUAAUUCCCAACCGAAUUACAUCAAUAAUCCCGGAAAUAUACAGAAAGAACAAAAUUUUCCUUAUGCCGUAACUUCUGCUGAAGCAAAUCACCAAAAUUCAUUCCAACAAAAUUAUCAAGAUCAGUCAACUAAUUACAAGAAUCAACAGCCCGUUCAACAUCAUCAAGUUAUGUCUGCACAAAAUGAACCAAAUAUCGCUGCUCCGAAUCAGAACAUAGCUCCAAGUUAUCAAAACCAAGAAAAUUCAAUUCAGCAGGAUGCUCCAAAUCAAAUGUUUCAACAAAAUCAGUCUGCUGUGAAUUCAUCAAAUGAGAUCAUGCAAAACUCAAAUCUAUCAAAUACAGCUCAACAGGUUUUAAAUCAAAACUUCAAUAGCGAACAGCUCAAUCAAAACUCUCAAGCAAUAACACAAGAAAACCAACAACACAAUGUUCAUCUUCAACCGAACACUAUUCCUAAUAUAGAACAACAAGGUGUUCAAAAUCAAAAUAUUGUAUCAUCAUCAACUACAAUUCAACCCAAUAAUCAACAAGUCCAAGAAAAUGUACCCAACAUCCAACGCCCAAUUUCAAAUCAACCUUAUAUUUAUCAGGCAUACCAGAAUGUCAUUCCGUCUCAACAGCAUUACCAACAAACGAAUCCAAUACAACAAAGCCAAUCGGAGUAUGCUGUUCGACCAAAUCAAACUCAUCAAAAUUAUCAGCUUCAACCUAAUCAAAGUCAGCAAAAUUACCAGCUUCAACCGAAUCAAAACUACCAGCAUCAACCUAUGCUAUCACAGCACAACAUUCCGAAUCAUUCGCAAGUUUAUCAAAAUCAUCAAGUACCUAAUUCUAAUACAAUCCAACAAGUGGAAGUGCCUAAAAGCACGCCUUUUGCUAAAAUGGAUCAAGGUGAUCAUGCUAUGUAUGGAAACAAUGUAAAUCAAUUAGGACAUACAGUUAAUCAAGCAGGAGAUUAUACACUUCAACAAAACCAAAUUCAAAAUCAAGAACCUGAGAAGGAAUUGCGGAAACGUAGAGUGCCAUCUGCUGCCGAACUGUUCAAAACAAAUAAUACGGAACAGUUAGUUACACCGUCGAGAACAAAAGCAAAACGGUUUUAUAAUAAGUUAAUACAACCUUCUGAAUGCGAACUUACAUACGGAUAUCCGCCUCAAAUAAAUGAGUCUCGAAUGUCCUUUAUCCGACAACGCACCUAGAUCCUACCAACCCUCGUUAAGUUCCUUUAUCUAGUUGAUUCGGUUAGAAGGGCACAAAUAGUAUCUCAAUAAACUUAAAAGUAUACCUUAGCUAUAUUAAAAAAAUAUUCCAGUGAUGUACAAAUUACAAAGGACGUUGCCAAACAACAAACUUCUCAAAAAUUGGAACGUCCACGUUCACUAAUAAUCCAACCAGAAGAAUCUAUCAAAAAAGAAGACGAACAAAUCGAAGAAAAGGAGCUAGAAGAUUUGGGCAACGGCCCAAAUCCGAUAGAAGAUGUUUUAGAUUCCUUGGAAAUGGGUAUGGAAAAA